AUGUGCCUCACGCCAUCAUGCACUUGUCCCCUCCAGGCGCCCGCCCUGCCACCUCGUUCCGGCUCCGGCUCCGGCUCCGGCUCCGGGCCUUCCGCCGAAAACGCCUCCGGGGGCUCGGGCGGCUCCUCGGCCUUUGCCUCCAGCCCGGGCUCCCUUCCGCAGCAGCAUUCACCCGACCACGCGGCGGCGACCGCCGCGGCCGCCGAUGCCCCCGUCGCGGGCGUCCACCGGACGUCCUCCGCCCCUUCCCCGGGGCUACUUGCCGGAAAGGUCGGCGGCGGAAGAGUGUCGAGCACGUCGUCGUCGUCGUCUUCUCGGUUCAGCGGCAGCGGCGGCAGCAUCGGUGGGAUCGAACCCCCGACGGGUCACGGGCCGCGGGAGUUUACCCUGGGUGCCAUGGAUGGCGGCGAGGGAGGGGCGGGGAGCGCCGGAAGCGACGGACUGUUCCACGACGCCCAGGACGUCCCGAUGCCGACGCUGAGCGUGUACGAUCCCGAGCGGCUGUGGGAGUACGUGGAGCGGCCGCUGAUGGUGUACAUGCCGCUGCGGAAGCUGUUAGCUAAGCCUCCCGCGGUAAGCGGCCCGACGAACAUCGACGAGCUCCCGGUGCGAUGUCUCGUGCACCGGACGCUCGCGGGCACGGAGGUGGCGGCACGGCUCGUGGAUACCCCAGCGGAGCGGUACCGGGCCUCGUUCGCGUUCAUCUACAUGGUCAGCGCCGAGAGCCAGGAGCACUACAAGCAGACGGUUCGGCCCCUGAUUCGGGCAUGGAUUGACAAGGUGGAGGCCCGGGGAGGAGGUGAGGACGGCCCCGGGUGGCUCCUCCUCUACGUUAUCGUAGCGCCCCAGGGCGGGGGGUCUUCCGACGCGGCCGCUGCGACGGCGGCGGCGGUCGAUGCCCAGGGCAAGAUCUUCUGGUGGCUGUGCGCCGACUUCUACUCCAAGACCCCCGGCGAUCGGUGCUCGCUGGUGUCGCUCUACGUGGACGGGAACACUCCUGUCAAGGGGGGUCAGAAGGCGAAGAUGCUGGCGAGGUCGAGGCCAAGCGCAAGCCCGCGCCACCACCCCAAGCAGUGGAGCGACCUCCUCGCCAAGGUGGGGCGUGUGGUGCUGGAGGUCUUCGAGGCGAGGGUAAGGUGCUACGCUAGCGAGCUCGGCCACCUCGACGCAACGCGGGGGAUGAUCGGGUGGGAUUUUGGACAGUUUUUCGUGGUGAAGGAGUCGCUGGCGCUCAUGUACAAGGAGUUGCAGCUUCCCUCCGAGGCGCUUCUUAAGUACCAGGAACUGGCAGCACUGAUCCUUACGAUGGGGGAAGGCUCGGAGGCCGGUCUGCGUUCUCCCGUCCCCAGCCAGGGCAACUCCCCUGUCCGCUCCCCCAAAGACAGAGAUCCGUCAUCCCCCUCCGUUACGAAAGACGGAACCGGAGCGAGUCACCUCUUGUUCGGCCUGGCCAUCCCCAGCCAACCGCAACGACUCCCAGCCUCCGUUCUGGACUACGGGCAGAUGCGGUUUCGCGAGCGGCUGAACGGGGACGGGCUUCACAGCCUUGUUCUGGAGACCCAGCUCUACAUCUUCGCCAGGCAGUGCGCCCUAAAUCUCGAGCUCAAGAAGCCGGCGGAGGUGGCCAGAAUGGGAGGGCGUUUCAUGCCGGCCUACUACCACGAGCUGGUUGGCCAGGCGGCAGACCUGCAGGAGGGCGGGGGUGGGGGGUGGGGAGGGGACUUCGACGAAGGGGCUUCGGAGGGGGGAAAAUCUUCUUCUUCGACGGCACUGGACCCGGCGGAGGUGGAGCUGUUCGCCCUCAAGUCCUCGUGGGACGUCGUCAAGGCGUGCGACAGGGAUUUCGCGCGCGCUCUUAAUCCAGGGGCGUCGGGCGUGGAGCCACCUCCGCGAGAAGUGUCCGCUAUCCGUAAGUCUAGGGUGGAGACGUCGAGGGUCCUGGGUGAGCUGCUGGACUUCGCGCAAAAGAAGGUACUCGAGUACGCCCGGCUUGUGGGCCAAAGGGGGAGAGACGGCGACGACUUCGGCGACGGCGGGGAAGGGCUAAUGGGCUCAUGUGUGUGGGAGCUGCAGGAGAGGGGGUUCCUCCCUUCUCAAAGGAACUGGAUCCCUUUAGACGAAGAAGUAGCGGCAGCGGCAGCGGCAUUGCGUGAGAACGAAGAGGCUUUAGGGAGGACGGGACGGAUGCGGGUAGAAGGCGGUGUGGUCGACGUGCAGGCCGUGUCCGGGGAGUACUUCUGGGACUACGACGAGGAGGGCGAGGUGUUCAUCCCGCCGCAAGACCCCGGGGUGAAGCGCUUUAACCCGAUGAAGGCCAUUACCGGGGGCGACGGGGUGCCGUCUCCUCAAAAGUCUCGGCGUGCGUCUAACCGGAUCACCGACUUCGACGAUGACGAAGACGAUUCGGACGAUGCCGACAACAGUGACGGCAGCGGUUCUGGCGCCGCCGCCGCCGCCGCCGUUGCUGCCGAGGCGGCUCUCUCCAAGCUUGCCGCAGAAGAGCAGCCGCCGCCCUCCUCAUCAGCGGCUGCCGCGGCGACGGCCGGCGUCGGUAGCGACGUGGGCCUGUGGCUCUUGGACAGGCCCGAGGCUCUCGAGGACGCAUACCUCCAGCUGACGCACUCCCUCGGGCAGCACAACCAGAGGGCGGGGCGCAUUCGAGCCGCGGCGAGGUGCUGGGGGAGGCGCGUGGAGCUGCUACUGGAGAGGGGCGAGGUCGGGGUCGCCCAGGCCCGGCUUUCGAACCUUGCGGACCUUUACCAGGCGGAGGGAUGGACGCCGCAGGCUUUCUGGGCGCUGCACAGGCUAGCGCGCUGCCGCCGGUCCCUCGCCCUCUCGGACAGAAACGAAGCAGGGCAAGCAACAGACGCUGGGGACGCCUCCUACGUAUCCACCGUCAUGCGCCUAGCCGCCGUCCUCAAGGACCCGCGCGUGAGAUCGGACGGGGGCAAGGCCGCCGUCGACAGGGCCGCGGCGGCGCUGCUGCGGGACGCCCGCUCCCUGGCCGGCGAACCGGCGGGGUCGCCCGGGCGGGGGUUCUCUCCCCCGUCCCCGUCCGCGGAUAAUAACGCCGGCAUCGCGUCCGCGUCGUCCCACUUCUUCUCCGGGGAUUCGACGAACGAUGUCGGGGGCAAGCGCGCCUACCGGCUCCAGUGCUUCGCGGACGUGAGCUUGUCGGUGGUCGAGAAGGAGGGCGGUGUCGGGGAGGAGGAGGAGGAGGAGGAGGAGGGGGGGGGCGAGGAUAGCCGGCGGCGGCGGCGGCGGCGGCGGCGCCCGGACCCCUUGUCGGCCGUCCACGUCGGCGACCGGCUCCUCGUGUCGUGCGUCCUCACGAGCCACUUGCCGCAGGCCGUCACGCUGGAUUCCCUGUCCCUGGAGAUGACCCUCGAAGGCGGCGGCGGCGGCGGCGCACGCGGCGGUCAAGAGGCCUCAGCGGGCGGCAGGAGCGGUGUCGGCGACCGGUUCUCCAACAGGAGGUCGUCUCCGAGGCGCAGCAAGGUCCUCAGGCGGCUGGAGAGCGUCAGGACGGCGGUGGCCGCGGAAGACGACCUAUCGCCAAGCCGUACUCCCGCGCCUGGUGCCCCAAAGCUUCAAUCCCCGCCACCAGGGACAGCUUCCAACGGCGCCGCCGCGCUGCUCGCGUCGGGCGCCGAUGGGUCAGCGGGGCAGGGUAAGGGCAAGGUGCCCGGGUUCCAGGUGCCGCCUAUCCGCACCGAGCGGAGCCAGAGCCUAAGCCCGCGGCUAUCGGCGACGUCCUCGGCGAGUGACUUGCGGGAGUCGCUCAUGAGGGUCCCCGCCGGCAACACCAGCAGCAGACCCGUCGAGCUGCUGCCGGGCGACAACGAGGUGGUGUUCACCCUGCGGCCGACGGUGGCCGGCGUGAUCACGGCCUCGAGGGUUUCCGCCGCUUGGGGAGGCGUCACCCUGGUCCAGGUGCUCUCGGGCGGGGGGCGCGGGCGGGGGCCGUCCGGGGUAACGCUACCGUCCGCCUGGCUGGGAGCGCCGCGCCCGCCGCCCUCCGCCGUGGUGCGACCGUUCCGUCCACAAGCGGUGCUAAAGGUGGUGCCCCCGUCUUUCCUUCCACUGGGGAACGAGGUGUGGCUGAAGGUGGCCGUAACGGCAGGGCCAGACACCCUGCGCGGGUCACGCCUGAGGGUGACGAUGGGCAGGGGGUUGGCGUGGGGGGACGCCGAAGCUUCGCGCGUGCGGUGGCGGCGACUGAGCGGAGGCGGCGGCGGCGGCGGCGGCGGCGGCGGCGGCGGCAGCGGCGGCGGCUCCGAAGGUGCAGACGACGGCUGCGGGCCAGCCGAAGCUGAAGGGCCGGCUCUCUCCCGCCCGGGAGAAGAGGCUACCGACAUGCUCGUGGCUCUCGAAGAGGUGCUGCGGCCCGGGUACGUUGCCGAGGUCUCCCUGCGCGUCCGCUCGACCGCGGAGGCUUCUCCCCCCGCCGGAGGAGGACCCGGCCCCGCCGUCGCCCCGCGCUCUCACGUCGUCAGGGCGGAGCUCGAGGCUUGGCACUCUCGAUCUCCGGACGCCGCCGCCGCGGAUGACGCCGGGGUCGAGUGCCGGACCUACGCACGGGCGGCGAUCGUCCCGAGGCUGCCGUUCGAGGCGAGAGUCGCAGUGACGGCGCGCCAGGCGGGGGUAGUCUUCGCGCAGACGGCGCUGGUCUGCACGGCCCCCGUGGCCCUCUCGCUGCGCUCCUGCGAGCUCUCCCGGCUCGAGCCCGGCGCCGAGGUCCUGUCCGACCCGAACGGCUUCCUGAACGGCGAGUCGCUGCCGCCGGGACAGCCGCUGCGCCUCGCCGCCUGCCUGCGGCGGCCGUCGGCAGCGACGGCGGCGGCGACGGCGGCUUCCGCGGCGCUGGCGGCGCUCAGCCGCGGCGGGGGCGAGGAGCGGAAAGGCUCGGUCGGCGGCGGUGUGCCGCUAGCGGUCCACCGGCUGAGGUACUCGAUCGGGACCGUGGCCGGCGAGAGCGGGGACAGUGGCCAAGCUGAGGAGAUCUUCGUCUUCGACGUUUGCAUCCCGAGCCCCGCGGACGGCGGCGGCGGCGGCGGCGGCGGCGGCGGCGCGGCAACCGCCUCCCCGGGGGCCGCGGGUUCCGGGCGCGCGCAGCGGUGCCUGACGACCGCCGUGCGGCCGUGCGACGACGGCGGGGCAGAGGACGGGAAGGGCGGCGUUACCCGUCUAAAGCUUGCCGAGCCGAGGGCUUUCGAGUUUGGCGUCGUCGAUAGCGAAGCUUCGGGGGGCGGCGAAGAUGGCACGGGAGGCACGGCGCCGCCGACGGUCACGUAUCAGGUGGUAGCCUCGCCGUCGGAUUGGAUGGUCGGCGGGUUGAUCCGGGGGUCGGCGAAGCUGGACAAGAAGGGCGGCGGGCUCCAAGUGCUCUGCCGUGUCCACCUCGUGCCCAUUCGCGGCGGCCUGGUGGAGCUUCCUCGCUUGGACGUGGUAGUGGAGAGAGGGCGCGCUGCUCCGGGAGAAGUGGAGGUAUGGAACCCGGACCUCCGGAAGGUGCUGGUGCUACCGCCCGGAGACUCGGCCUCCGUAUGCCAAGCUCGUGCACCCUGAGACCCAGCUGACUCGAAGGGAUCGAGUGGGCCCAAGCUGCCGGGCGAGAGCUAUUUAGUUUCAUGAACAAAUUGUUUGCGUCUCCGCUGUGGAGGGAGUCCACUGGUUGACGCUGCCGGCUCUCUCGAUCUCUCUCGAAAUGAGCAAAAAUAGUGGUGGUGGCGGCGGGUAAAAUCCAAGUGGCCGGGUGAGGGCUGUUUCAUGAACAAGGUUUGCGUCUCCAUUGUGGAUUCCUCUCGAUGUCAGCACGUCUUGCCCUGGGAUUCUUGAAACGCAGCGGGUGUUGUGCAUGUGUUUUUUUUUUUUUUUUUCGUGUGUUUUGUAGUAUUCCGUCCGGUUUGUGGUAUUGUUUCUCUGCUUUGCCUCGGCCGCAUAGCAGUGUGCUCCUCGGGGUUCGGAAGUACACCACCCCCUUCUGCAUCGAGGAAAUGUUGUAGGACGGGGUGACGCGGACUUGUUCUAUGCAUACCUGGUUUCGUAGCCGGCGGAAGUCGUACAUUGUCGGUAAUUUGUGCUCUCUCAUGGAGGCCUAGUCGUCGCGGGAUACGGUACUCGCGCCGCCACGAAAGAACGUCCUUUUUAGGACAAGGCUUUUUUCUUUUGUAGUUCCCAACAGAUCUCACCCGUUCUUCCGUUCAAGCUCUUGAGUUUUGUGAGUAUGAUUUUUUUCACUCGCUGGUGCCUAAGUCGUGGUC